CCUCAGCGGCCUGCGGCCCCCAGAGUGUAAAAAGAUGGAUUUGGCCAACCAUGGACUUAUUCUGCUGCAGCAACUAAAUGCUCAGAGAGAGUUUGGUUUCCUGUGUGACUGCACAGUUGCCAUUGGUGAUGUCUACUUCAAGGCACACAAAUCAGUCCUUGCUUCUUUCUCCAACUACUUCAAGAUGUUGUUUGUUCAUCAAACCAGUGAAUGUGUCCGUUUGAAAGCAACUGACAUACAACCAGAUAUCUUCAGUUAUCUUUUACAUUUGAUGUACACUGGGAAGAUGGCACCGCAACUCAUUGACCCAGUUCGACUAGAACAGGGAAUAAAGUUUCUGCAUGCAUAUCCACUAAUUCAAGAGGCCAGCCUUGCAAGUCAGGGAACUUUUUCUCACCCGGAUCAAGUUUUUCCAUUAGCAUCUUCAUUAUAUGGCAUUCAGAUUGCAGAUCACCAGAUAAGACAUCCCACUAAGGUUACAUCAACGACUGACAAACUCGGGCGAGAACCAAGGCCACAGACAUCACGGAUGAACCAAGAGCAGAUUUCUGAAGGCUCACAGCUCUCGCAGCUAGGUACAACGCUGCCACAAGUGAACAGGACAAAUAUGUCCACUUCUGACCCAUUGCCAUCUUCUUUAUCUCCAGAGUUGGUAUCUGCUGCUGGUAAUAAUUCACCUGCAGGAGAAGAGGCCAACAUGGAAGCAUCUUCUUCAGAUGAACAGCCUGCCUCACUCACAAUAGCACAUGUCAAGCCAAGCAUUAUGAAAAGGAACGGAAGCUUCCCAAAAUACUAUGCCUGCCACCUCUGCGGCCGUCGGUUCAAUUUGCGAAGUAGUUUGCGUGAGCACCUGCAGAUCCACACGGGAGUUCCCUUCACAUCUGGCCAGCAGGGAGAAAGUAAUAUUUCUUUGUCCCUCUGCAACAACACAGCCGAUAAGGAUGCUGUGGAAGUACCUGAAGCAGGGAUGAUUAGUGACAGCGAGCUGCAGCAGAUCUCAGACUCCCCAAUAAUUGAUGGGCAGCAACAGUCAGAAACACCACCGCCCUCUGAUAUUGCAGACAUAGACAACUUGGAGCAGGCAGAUCAAGAGAGGGAAGUAAAGCGACGGAAAUAUGAAUGUUCCAUCUGCGGUCGCAAAUUUAUUCAGAAAAGCCACUGGAGGGAGCACAUGUACAUACACACUGGCAAGCCCUUCAAGUGCAGCACUUGUGACAAAAGCUUUUGUAGGGCUAACCAGGCUGCCAGACACGUGUGCCUAAACCAGAGCAUGGACACGUACACGAUGGUGGACAAACAGACUCUGGAACUCUGUACUUUUGAGGAAGGCAGUCAAAUGGACAACAUGCUAGUACAGACCAACAAGCCCUACAAAUGUAACUUGUGUGACAAAACAUUUUCAACUCCCAAUGAAGUAGUCAAACAUUCGUGCCAAAAUCAAAACUCUGUCUUUACACUAGAAGAAGAUCGCUCCAUUCUGCUAGGUGGUGGGGACACAGAAGCCACAGAGACUGAUAAUACAGUGUUAGCCUCCAUCAAAAAGGAGCAGGAAGCAGUGUUGUUAGACUGAAUGUGAAACUUAUAUCAAUUUUUUAAAGUUUCUUUACGUAUUUUUUAUUAAAUCAAUUUUUCCCUCCCUCCACCUCUUGCCUCACCCUUGCCAUCUCUUCAACCAGUCUCCUUCACACCCUUUGUCUUCAGCAACCAGAACUGUACUGGCAUGUUAGAAAAUUGGACUUUGCCUCUCCCACCAAAACAAACAAAAAAGCUUUUGCA